CAAGUACAACCAAUCAAACUUCGGCCCGGAUCCGACCCGAGAGCACCAGACGACUCGUCCUCCACGAUCUCAUUCUCCAGUUUCAAUUCUGCCAAAAGAGAGCGAGAGAGAAGAUCCAGACGAAGUGGUUUCGGAAACAGAGAAAGAGAGAGAGAGAGACCAACGAAGAUGUCGCUGAGGCCGAGUACACGCGCGGAGCUGAGGAAGAAGAUAUACAAGACAGGGGUCGAUGCCGAUGAGGCGAGGCGGAGGAGAGAAGACAACCUCGUCGAGAUUAGAAAAAACAAGCGUGAGGACAGUCUCCUCAAGAAGCGCCGUGAAGGAAUGAUGCUCCAGCAGCAGCAGCCUCUCGGAACAGCUCUCGACGGCCCCCAGAACGCUGCCGCCGUUGAGAAACGCUUAGAAGGUAUCCCAAUGAUGGUUCAAGGUGUUUAUUCUGAAGAUCCUCAAGCUCAGCUAGAAGCCACUACUCAAUUUAGAAAAUUGUUAUCUAUAGAGCGUAGUCCUCCAAUUGAUGAAGUUAUCAAAGCCGGUGUUGUCCCACGUUUUGUGGAGUUUCUUGGAAGGCAAGACCAUCCACAACUGCAGUUUGAGGCUGCAUGGGCUUUGACCAACGUUGCAUCAGGAACAUCAGAUCAUACUCGGGUUGUGAUUGAACAUGGGGCAGUACCUAUCUUCGUUGAGCUUCUUAGCUCUGCUAGUGAUGACGUUCGAGAGCAGGCGGUGUGGGCCUUGGGAAAUGUUGCUGGAGACUCGCCAAACUGCAGGAACCUUGUUCUCACCUAUGGGGCUCUUAUACCACUGCUCUCUCAGUUAAACGAAAAUUCUAAGUUAUCCAUGCUAAGGAAUGCUACAUGGACCUUGUCCAACUUUUGUCGUGGUAAACCACCAACACCAUUUGAACAGGUGAAGCCUGCGCUGCCAGUUCUUCGGCAGCUUAUCUAUCUAAAUGAUGAAGAAGUUCUCACGGAUGCCUGCUGGGCUCUUUCCUACCUUUCAGAUGGCCCCAAUGAUAAGAUUCAGGCUGUGAUUGAGGCAGACGUCUGUCCACGACUUGUGGAGCUUCUGGGUCAUCCAUCACCUACGGUUCUCAUUCCUGCCCUUCGAACUGUUGGUAACAUCGUAACUGGUGACGACUCUCAGACACAGUUUAUUAUUAAUAGUGGCGUACUUCCGCACCUUUAUAAUUUGCUUACGCAAAAUCACAAGAAAAGUAUCAAAAAGGAAGCUUGUUGGACUAUCUCGAAUAUUACUGCUGGGAAUAAAGCUCAGAUAGAGGCUGUGGUUGGCGCUGGAAUAAUCCUGCCUCUUGUGCAUCUGCUCCAAACCGCGGAGUUCGAUAUAAAGAAGGAAGCUGCAUGGGCUAUUUCCAAUGCCACCUCAGGAGGGUCUCACGAGCAGAUUCAAUAUUUGGUGACCCAAGGCUGCAUCAAACCUCUUUGUGAUCUUCUAAUCUGCCCUGAUCCGAGGAUUGUGACAGUGUGCCUCGAGGGGCUUGAAAACAUUCUCAAGGUUGGUGAGGCUGACAAGGACAUGGGACUAAACGGUGGGGUGAAUCUAUAUGCCCAAAUAAUCGAAGAAUCUGAUGGGUUGGACAAAAUUGAAAACCUCCAGUCCCAUGAUAACAACGAGAUAUAUGAGAAGGCCGUGAAGAUCUUGGAGAGAUAUUGGGCUGAAGAAGAGGAAGAGCAGAAUAUGCCGGACGGCGGGAGCGAAAAUCCACAACUUGGCUUCAAUUUCGGGAACAACCAGCCCGCUGCUCCCCCUGGUGGAUUCAAAUUUACCUGAGAAAAGUUAUAGAACAAUUGAAAUCAUUUGGUUUGGGGAACCCGAGAUUCAGCUUUUGAACUGUUAUUGCCAGGUUCAAGUUUGGGUUUUUGAGUUCUGGUGCAAAAAGGCUUUUUUUCUUUUUCUUAUUCUCUCUGUUUUGUUGUUGUUGUCCCUAUUCGUCUGAGUCAUUUUCUCAUACUGUAUCUUAAACUCUGGGAUAAAGCAUGUCUAGUGUGGUUACUGGUUUAGGAUAUGGUCACACUUUAUAUUUGUCACCUUUUUUUUCUUUUGUUUUUGUUAUAGUUUUAUAACUUUUUUUACUUGGCA